AUGGCGGCGACGGCCGAGCCUGAGGCCGGCUCCUGGCUCGGCGGCGGCUCGCCGCGCCUGGGCAGCCCGGCCGCCAGCCCCGAUCUGGGCAGCGGAGGCCGCGCGCGGCUGGGGCCGGGGUCCGGGCCGGGGUCGGAGCCGGAGCGGACAGGCGCCAGGACCCCGGGCCCCGCUGCACCGGGUCACACCUUCCGGAAGGUGACGCUCACCAAGCCCACCUACUGCCACCUCUGCUCCGACUUCAUCUGGGGGUUGGCCGGCUUCCUGUGCGACGUCUGCAACUUCAUGUCCCACGAGAAGUGCCUGAAGCAGGUGAAGACGCCCUGCGCCAGCGUGGCGCCCAGCCUGGUCCGGGUCCCCGUGGCCCACUGCUUCGGCCCCCGGGGGCUUUACAAGCGCAAGUUCUGCGCGGUUUGCCGCAAGGGCCUGGAGGUGCCCGCGCUUCGCUGUGAAGUGUGUGAGCUGCACGUUCACCCCGACUGUGUGCCCUUCGCCUGCAGCGACUGCCGCCAGUGCCACCAGGAUGGGCACCGUGACCCCGACGCGCCCCACCACCACUGGCGCGAGGGGAACCUGCCCUCGGGCGCGCGCUGCGAGGUCUGUCGGAAGACGUGCGGCUCCUCCGACGUGCCGGCCGGGCUGCGCUGCCAAUGGUGCGGCGUCCAGGCUCACGCGGUCUGCUCCACGGUGCUCGCCCCUGAGUGCUCCUUCGGGCGCCUGCGCAGCAUGGUCCUGCCCCCCACGUGCGUGCGGCUGCUAUCCCGCAACUUCAGCAAGAGGCACUGCUUCCGCAUCUCCGAGAGCGGCGGCCCUGAGCCUGGCGAGGGGGACCCCGGCGCGGACGGAAGCGCUGCCGCAGGCCCGGGCAGAGAGGUGCCGCCGCCGCCAGAGUCCAACAAGCAGACGCUGCGGAUCUUUGACGGCAGCGACGCUGUGCAUCGCGGGCACUUCCGUGUCGUCAGUGUCCCCCGCCUGGCUGGGAGCGAGGAGGUGCUGGAGGCGGCCCUGCGAGCCUUCUACAUUGCGGAGGACCCGCGCGACUUCGAGCUGCAGGCACUUCCCUCGGCGCCGCCGCCGGCCGGUGACCCCGGGGCCAGGGGCAAGGCCCCAGGCGGCGGGGCUCUGGAGGAGGAGGGCGGCAGGGGCCCCGGGCCCCCCGAGGGCGUCCCUGCGGCUGAGGCCUGGAUCAUCCGUGCCCUGCCCCGCACCCAGGAAGUCCUGAAGGUCUACCCUGCCUGGCUCAAGGUGGGUGUGGCCUUCGUGUCCAUUCGGGUGACUGCAGACAGCACGGCCCGGGCUGUGGUACUGGAGGUCCUCCCGCUGCUCGGACGCCAGGCUGAGAGUCCCGAGAGCUUCCAGCUGGUGGAGGUCCUCAUGGGUAGCAGGCAAGUCCAGCGGACGGUGUUGGCGGACGACGAGCUGCUGCUCAGCCGGCUCCGUGACAUCCGGCAGACGUCCCUGCGGCAGAUGAACCAGACACGCUUCUACCUGGCCGAGAGCAGGCCCGUGGUCCCCCGUGUGUCCCUGUUCAUUGGGGGCCUGCCCCCUGGCCUGUCCACCCCUGAGUACGGCAGUCUGCUGGAUGAGACUCUGGCCACCAAAGCUGACCUGGUGUCUGUGAGCCACGUGUACGCCUCCCAAGGUGCCGUGGUGCUGGACGUGGCCUGCUUCGCGGAGGCCGAACGCCUCUACAUGCUGGUCAGGGACACGGCUGUGCAUGGCCGGCCACUGACCGCCCUGGUGCUCCCGGACGUGCUGCACACGAAGCUGCCCCCGGACUGCUGCCCCCUCCUCGUGUUCGUGAACCCCAAGAGUGGAGGCCUGAAGGGCCGCGACCUGCUCUGCAGUUUCCGGAAGCUGCUGAACCCUCACCAGGUCUUCGAGCUGACGCACGGGGGGCCUCUUCCUGGGUUCCACGUGUUCUCCCAGGUGCCCUGCUUCCGGGUGCUGGUGUGUGGCGGGGACGGCACCGUGGGCUGGGUGCUCUCCGCCCUGGAGGAGACGCGGCACCGGCUGGCCUGCCCGGAGCCUUCUGUGGCCAUCCUGCCCCUGGGCACAGGGAACGACCUGGGCCGGGUGCUCCGCUGGGGGCCCGGCUACAGUGGAGAGGACCUGUCCUCUGUGCUGGUGUCGGUGGAUGAGGCCGACGCUGUCCUCGUGGACCGCUGGGCCAUCCUGCUGGACGCUCAUGAGGCCAACGGCGUGGGGAACGGCGUGGCCGACCUGGAGCCCCCCAAGAUUGUGCAGAUGAGUAACUACUGUGGGAUUGGCAUCGACGCAGAGCUGAGCCUGGACUUCCAUCAGGCGCGCGAGGAGGAGCCCAGCAAGUUCACAAGCAGGCUCCACAACAAGGGGGUGUACGUGCGGGUGGGGCUGCAGAAGAUGAGCCACUCCCGCAGCCUGCACAGGGAGAUCCGGCUGCAGGUGGAGCAGCAGGAGGUGGAGCUGCCCAGCAUCGAGGGCCUCAUCUUCAUCAACAUCCCCAGCUGGGGCUCAGGGGCUGACCUGUGGGGUCCAGAUAGUGACUCGAGGUUUGAGAAGCCGCGCAUGGACGAUGGGCUGCUGGAGGUGGUGGGCGUGACAGGCGUCCUGCACAUGGGCCAGGUCCAGGGCGGGCUGCGCUCCGGCAUCCGCAUCGCCCAGGGCGCCUACUUCCGCGUCACCCUCCUCAAGGCCACACCUGUGCAGGUGGACGGCGAGCCCUGGGUGCAGGCUCCUGGCCACAUAAUCAUCUCCGCUGUGGGCCCCAAGGUGCACAUGCUCAGGAAGGCCAAGCAGAAGCCCAAGAAGGCCGGGACCCCGAAGGAGGCCCGAGCAGACGGAGUGCCUCUCCCCGAGGGGGACCCCAAGUAGCAGCCGCAGCCUCGGGCCUUCCUCCCUGUGACCCUGCCUCCCGACUCGUGAUGGGGCUGGACGAGGGCUUCACUGGCCCAGCCUCCACCCCCAGGGCCCAGGCCAUCGCCGCGGGGGCGGGGCAGAUG